UCCAUGCGGGGAGCCCGGCGUGGGACUCAACCCGGGGUCUCCAGGGUCACGCCCUGGGCCGAAGGCGGCGCUAAACCGCUGAGCCACCCGGGCUGCCCAUGUUUCUGUUAUUUUAAACUCUGGAGAGCAUAUACUUAUCUUGAAAUGAGGGUGAAAAAGAACUUGCUUUGAAAACCUUAUUGGAAAGAUGAAGCUUUUGAUUGUAAAUACUUGGUUUAUUUUUGUACCACUUAGAGAAUAUUUGUAUUACGUGAAAGGCUGUUGAUCUCUUUGGUGAAGAUACUGACUGCCUGUUUUGUGGCAUUUUGCACGUUGUUGGGGGGAAAAAAAUGACAGGUGGAGAGAUGCCAAUAUGUAUUUUGCAUUUUUUACCAUCUGUGAAAACUUCCUUGUAAUUCAUUUCUCCUCCCUACAGUAUUAAGAAUUAUACCAUAUUGAAAAGAUAUGAAUGAAUAUCCUAAAAAAAGAAAAAGGAAGACAUUACACCCUUCUCGUUACUCAGAUUCCUCUGGAAUAAGCAGGAUUGCAGAUGGAUUCAAUGGAAUUUUUUCUGAUCAUUGUUAUAGUGUUUGUUCUAUGAGACAACCAGACUUAAAAUAUUUUGACAACAAAGAUGAUGAUUCUGAUGCAGAAACAUCAAAUGACUUGCCAAAAUUUACAGAUGGGAUCAAGGCCAGAAGUAGAAAUCAGAACUACCUGGUUCCCAGCCCUGUACUUAGAAUUCUAGACCACACUGCCUUUUCUACAGAAAAAUCUGCUGAUAUUGAAAUUUGUGAUGAUGAGUGUGACUCACCUGAGUCAGUCAACCAACAAGCUCAAGAGGAGAGUCCUAUAGAAGUUCACACUGCUGAAGAUGUUCCAAUUGCUGCAGAAGUGCAUGCAAUUUCUGAAGAUUAUGAUCUAGAGACCGAAAACAAUUCCUCGGAGAGUCUCCAAGACCAAACUGAUGAAGAGCCACCAGCUAAACUUUGCAAAAUUCUAGAUAAGAGCCAGGCUUUGAAUGUGACUGCCCAACAGAAAUGGCCUUUACUGAGAGCUAAUAGCAGUGGCCUCUAUAAGUGUGAACUUUGUGAGUUCAACAGCAAAUAUUUUUCUGAUUUAAAGCAGCAUAUGAUCCUGAAGCAUAAGCGUACUGAUUCAAAUGUGUGUCGAGUAUGCAAGGAGAGUUUUUCUACUAACAUGCUUUUGAUCGAACAUGCCAAACUGCAUGAAGAGGAUCCCUACAUUUGUAAAUACUGUGAUUAUAAAACAGUAAUUUUUGAGAACCUCAGCCAGCACAUUGCAGACACCCAUUUUAGUGACCACCUCUACUGGUGUGAGCAGUGUGAUGUACAGUUCUCAUCAAGCAGUGAACUCUACCUACAUUUCCAGGAGCACAGCUGUGACGAACAGUACUUGUGUCAGUUUUGUGAACAUGAAACGAAUGAUCCGGAAGACUUGCAUAGCCAUGUGGUAAAUGAACAUGCAUGUAAAUUAAUUGAGUUAAGUGAUAAGUAUAACAAUGGAGCACAUGGACAGUACAGCCUGUUAAGCAAAAUUACCUUUGACAAAUGUAAAAACUUCUUUGUGUGUCAAGUAUGUGGUUUUCGGAGUAGACUUCAUACAAAUGUUAACAGGCAUGUUGCUAUUGAACAUACUAAAAUUUUUCCUCAUGUUUGUGAUGACUGUGGGAAAGGCUUUUCAAGUAUGCUAGAAUAUUGCAAACAUUUAAAUUCACAUUUAUCUGAAGGGAUUUAUUUAUGUCAAUACUGUGAAUAUUCAACAGGACAAAUUGAAGAUCUUAAAAUUCAUCUGGAUUUCAAGCAUUCAGCUGACUUACCUCAUAAAUGUAGUGACUGCUUGAUGAGGUUUGGAAAUGAGAGGGAAUUAAUAAGUCACCUUCCAGUCCAUGAGACAACUUGAUUAUUUUCUUUAACUGCCACAAUGUUAAUGUAAAAUAAUAAAAUUUUUUGGAUAUGUUAAAUGGAUGAUUUUGAACACAACUUAUGAGAAUUGCUUUUAACAAGAUUUUUUUAAUUGUCCAAUUUUCUUGGCAUUGCUACAUUUUUUCAGUAUACAAGGGUAUGUGAAUGUGGUAUUUUCAGUGUAUGGUAGUUUUAACCAGUCUUGGUGUCUGUUGUCUUGUUUCUUACAUAAGCUUUGAUUUCAUGAAUUGAUGGAAAACAUGUACUAAAGAAACUAGACUAUAUUUUUCCUUCCAUAACCAUGGGUGCUAUUAACUUUUUUAAACUCCAGACAAACUCAGUUUUUCACGUAUGAAAUCAUUACUGCGUGAUCAAAACUUAAAUGCAACAUACCAUACAAUUAAGUCCUCUGAUAUUCCUAUUAAUAAGAACCCAGACGCUCCUCUUGAUUCCCCAUCAGGAAUUACCCCUAAGACUAUCGGUGGACUCUCCACCUGCGUAAUUCUUUUAAUAAUACUAGGAGGCAAGUGUUAUAGUAGUAGGAAGGGAAGAUCCAGUUUUGUUGGCAGUCUUUUUUUUUUUUUUUAUGUUUUUAAUUCUCAUUCUAUUUUAGCCCCUAUCUACAAAUUAAAUGAUUUAAGAUGGGAAUGAGGAGGAACAUGUAAGGGGUUAGACAAUAAAAAGUAAAAUUUCAUAACAACCUUUUCACAAUUCAUUUUCAGUUAUGCAAAGUGAGCCCAAACUGCUGAUGUCAAAUCAUUUAUUGACUGAGAAAACCUACUAUUAAUAUAGCAUUAGGAAGAUAUGGGCGAUAAAAGGUUCUAGCCUUUCUUUGUCUAGUUGAUGGCUGUCUUCAUUCACAUUGACUCUGUAUGCAAGUCUAACUCCCCUUUUUAUAAGGUCACCACUCAUACUGGAUUAGGGCUAAUCCAAUGACCAUAUUUUAACCUAGUAAAGACCCUGUCCCCAAAUAUGGUCAUAUUUGGAGGUACUGAGGCUCAGGACUUCAACAUAUAUGGAUUGGGGGAUAGGAGAAACAGACAUAAUCACAAUUCAAUAGUAGCUUCUUAAAAAGUAUCACAAAGAUAAGAUUUUGUCUAUCGUACUCUAAUAAACACUGCUGCUAACAGUAUUGUUCAGGAAUACUGAUUUAGUUGAAGACAUCCAUUUACAACCUAUGGUUUCCCCACUACCAGAACCAUGGAAAUUUAGUCUAUUUUGAGAAUGGUGACAGCAACAAGUUUUUUCCGAUCAUUUUUAGCUCUACUAUUGUCAUAUGUGCAUAAUUUUAUUCCUAGAAACUCAUCUGAUUGGAACAUUCCAGAUAGAGCUACCUGAUAGAAAUGUUUCUGUGGAGACUUAGAGUGGUUUAAUCUGGAAGAGAACCUUAGAAAUCAACUGGUCUAAACCUUCUAGUCCGCUAAAGUUUCUUGUAGAAAUAGGCCAAGGUCACAAAACCAGUUGUAGCAGACAGGAGUGGAAUCUAAGUUAUUUGGCUUCCAGUCUAAUAAUGUUUCCAUUACAUCAUGUUACAUUAAAAUCUAAGCUUUAUCCUUAGGGUGUUUUUCAUGACUACUUAACCUAGCUGUUCUGCUACCUUCUUGGUAAUUCUGUUUUUAUGUCUUUUUUAUAUACAUCCACUUUUAAGAAUUUUAUUUUUAGGAAACUGAAUAAUGCCUUCGUGGGUUUGUUUUUCAAUUCUAUAUUGCUUUACAUUUGAUCACAUUAGUAAUCAAAAUGACUAAUGAAACCUCAAGAUAUUAAUCCAAGUUUUACAACCAUAUAAUUUUGUACUUUUUGGUAAAUCUGCUUCUUGAGGCCAUAUUCCACAGACAGUUUGUCCAAUAAAAUCCUUUUUGCUUUGGCUCAA